AUGCCUCGCUCGCAGAUGAUGACCGCCAUAGCGCAAGCGACCAUCUUAGGAACACUGGAUCUCGUUGCCGCCGAACAUCUGUACUCUCGAGCACUUUACAACUUAGAUCCGGCCUUCGCGAGCACGUUCAACUACGAGCAGCCAUGGAAGGAAUACUACAUGAAGCAGCUCCCACGCGAGGUCGUGUGCCUCCUCAUCGUCAACUGCCUACGCUACGUAUGGUACAUUUGGCUUGAGCGGGUAUUGCCUACACGACCACGGCCAAAGCUCGACAUGGCUCCCAAGCGAACGGCGUCGAUCGACAACGAGGUCGAGGAGGAGAAGAUUAUCGCCGACUGGAUUGCGCAGGGCAGGAUUCGCCGCUCCUCCAUGAGCUGGUGCAACAUUCUCACCAAAGUUCUGCUGGAUCUCACUGUCGCGAACGUCUUUUUUACUGUGGUUGUCGAGAUCUCCCACCGUGCAGUGCGGUUGAACAACCGAGGCUUGUCGCUUGAAGGGUUUGGGAUGACAAUCGCCCUCGCUGCUGUUGGACAGCUGUUCUCAUUGACGCCGCCGCUGUCUCUGCUAGCUUUCAUCGUCAGUCCGGCGCAUCAGCGCAUCGUCUUCGAGGAUGGCGUCUACCUCGUCUUCACGGUCUUCUUUGCCUUGUUCCUGGGCAAGUUGGGGCCUUGGCUUAUGACUUUUGAGCUUGUGCAAGAGGCCUGGAAGAAUGGCACUCGGGCUGCGCAGGAAGCUAUGGCCAACGAGACAGCCGGCAAUAUCACCUUUCACACUCUGGAGGAAUUGUGA